AAAGAAAGAAAAAAAACCUUAAGGAUAGGGGCAAGUUUCUUUCUUCCCAAUAGUGGCAUAUGAAGUCAUGUGUCGAGUCUUCUGUGAUGAGUGGCAGAUCAAUCUGGUGCUUCCCCAUUAAGAUGAUGAAAGCCUCAUCCCCUUCCUAAAAGCCACCUUUUCCCAGUAGGUUGGUGAUGCAUGAGAUUGGAAAGAGCUCCCCGGCCAGGCUGCCUGCCAGAGAGAAACUACAUUACCCAGAAGUCUGCGCGAGGUGAGAAUCCCCCCUCUGCGGGACCUAGAAAGGGGCUGCGGCAUGGUUGGGUGGGACUUCCGGCGGUACCGGCGAGUCAGUUCUUCAAACCUGGGGUUCUGUGCUCUCUGGCUCUCCAGGCUCUUCGGGACCUCGCAGAGAAGCUGCAGAAGCAGAGGACAGCCAUUCCGGCGCUGGUAGAACCCGGAGGAGGGGUCGGCGAGCUGCGGGACCUUCUCUGCCGUCCCCUGUCCGGGCUGUGCUCCGCGCACGGACUUCCCUGGCUCUCAUGGACCUGGCGCAGACAUCAAUUACCUUCAAGGAUGUGGCAGUGACCUUUACCCCCGACGAGUGGGAGCAGCUGGACCUUGCCCAGAGGACCCUGUACAGGGAGGUGAUGCUGGAAAUCUGUAGGCUCCUGGUCUCUCUGGGACAUCCAGUUCCCAGGUCAGAGCUUAUCCACCUAUCGGAGCACAGGCAGGAGCUAUGGAUUGUGAAGAGAGGCCUCUCCCAAAGAGCCUGUGCAGGGGCCAGAGGAAAAUCAGAGACUACCUCUUCUCCACUGCUCUUGUCUGAGGGAUCCUCGCUUCGGGUAUGGAUGAGACGGAGAGCUUCAAGGGACUCCAGGACUGGAAAAAACAAAACUCUGGAAGGGCUGUCAGAAAUGCAGGAAGGAGUCUUACGGCCAGUGACAGAUCCCCACAAGGAGACUGGCCCUGGGAAGAUGAACCCUAAAUGCAAUGAUUUGGGGUCAGAUAAUAGUCUACCCUCAAAGGUUUUACAGGAGCAAGUCUCUCUAGUAGGUGUUCUCCAUAAAAGUGAAACACACAGACUAGUUAAAGACCCCAGGAAUCAAACUGGGAAGAACCAUUAUGAAUAUAGUGAGUGCAGGAACACCAAGAAUUGGGAUCUUGCAUGUGACUAUGUUCAUGCAAAAGCAAAGCCCUAUGAGUGCAUACAGUGUGGGAAAACCUUCAGCUGUACAUCAGACCUCAUGCAGCACCAGCAGAUUCACACUGGAGAACAGCCUUUUGAGUGCAAAGAGUGUGGGAAAACAUUUCACAACAAUUCUGCUCUCAGGCAUCACAUGAAGAAUCACACUGAAGAGAAGCCCUAUGAGUGCAGCAAAUGUGGAAAGGCCUUCAUCCAUCAGUCUAAUUUAAUUAAGCAUCAGAAAACUCACACUGGAGAAAAACCCUUUGUAUGUAAAGACUGUGGGAAAGCAUUUUGCUACAGGUUUAAUUUGGGUCAACACAUGCAGAUUCAUACUGGAGUGAAACCCUAUGAGUGCAGUGAAUGUGGGAAAGCUUUUUGCCGGAAGUCGCACCUCACAGAGCACCAGCGAAUUCACACAGGAGAGAAGCCCUAUGAAUGCGCUAAAUGUGGCAAAUCUUUUUUCUUCCACUCUGGUUUUGUCCAGCAUAGUUGGAUUCAUACUGGUGAGAAACCUUUUAAGUGCAAAGAAUGUGGGAAAACCUUUUGCUCCAAGUAUAAUUUGCAUCAACACAUGAAGGUUCACAUUGGAGGGAAGCCCCGUGAAUCCAAUAAAUGUUGAAAGGCCUUCAACCACACUCAUCUUGUAUUCAUAUGACUCGCACUGGAU